GCUAGCAAACGCGCUAGCCAGUUUUGUUCCCCCGUUUAAGAUUAAUCUCGGGUUAUAAUGGCUACAAUGUCCGGAGGAGCAAACCUGGAGAUUCCAGGGUCAAGCCAGAGCAGCUCAUUGACGGCCACACACCGGAAAAAAGACAGCAGUCCGUCCGCCAGGUUCUGGGAGAGUCCAGAUACUUUAGCCCAGCUGGAGGUGGUGCGACAGUGGAUCGGGAAGCAGUACAAAAAGUAUGUGCUGGUGGAUGCUCCAUCUUGUCAGGCUCUGGCUGCAGUGACCCUGCAGCUUCUUCAGUUUCAAGAGGAUGCGUUUGGCAGACAAGCUACCAGUCCUGCUCUCACCAAACUGCCUGCACAAUGCUUUCUGGACCUGCGGGCAGGAGGUGGACUCUGCCACAUUCUUGGCACCGCUUACAAGUUCAAGGCUGAGCAAGGCUGGAGAAGGUUUGACUUGCAGAAUCCAUCAAGAACUGAAAGGAAUGUGGAGAUGUUUAGUACUAUUGAAAGAGCACUGACACAGAACAACUGUAUGUCACUGCCUGUGGUAUAUCUGGACCCCACACUGGACCAGGAGCUGGCUGGCAGACUGACUGGUAUCAUCACCAAGCACCAGGGUACACUCACAGAGGACAGAGUGCUUGCCAGCCACCACAUAUAUCCCUCACCUGCUUCUACAGAAGAAGAUGAAUGGAUGCGUCCAGUCAUGCGAAAAGACAACCAUGUCUUGGUACAUUGGGGCAUGCACCCUGACAGUUAUGACAGUUGGUUGUCCUCCAGUGAUGUUGAAAGAGAAGUUGAAGAGCCACCACAUCCAGAAAAACCUUGGAGGGUCCAUUCUGGCUGGGUUCUGGACACAGAUGUUUUCAACGAGUGGAUGAACGAGGAAGACUAUUGUGUGGAUGAGAGGAAUGUACCAGUCAUUCUCCGCCAGCGCAUUCACCUCCGAGAUGACCAGCAGGACUCAAAGUCCACACCAUUCAAAAAGAGAAGACGCUCCCCAUCUCCUCCUUCCUCUGAAGGCAGGAAGAAAGGAAAGAAGGGGAGAAGGCGUGGACAACAAGAAGAAGAGCCAGAAGAGGACCUGACCAAAGACAUGGAGGACCCUACUCCGGUCCCUAACAUGGAGGAGGUCAUACUACCCAAGAAUGUCAACCUGAAAAAGGACAGUGAGAAUAUUCCUGUCAAAGGAGGGACUAUGGCAGACCUGGAUGAACCAGAGGAUGAUUUCCCAGGAAGGGAGGAUGAGGAGGGGAGAGGAGAGAUACCACGCCUAUCAGAGGGAGAGGAAAACAUCACAGAACAAACACAUCAUAUCAUAAUACCGAGUUACACUUCUUGGUUCAAUUAUAAUAGCAUCCACUCAAUAGAAAAGCGUGCACUCCCUGAAUUCUUCAAUGGAAAGAACAAGUCAAAAUCUCCAGAAAUCUUCCUGGCCUACCGUAACUUCAUGAUCGACACGUACCGACUUAACCCCCAGGAAUACCUGAGUUCAACCUCCUGCAGACGCAACCUCACUGGAGACGUCUGUGCUAUAAUGAGGGUUCAUGCGUUUUUGGAGCAGUGGGGUAUGAUUAACUACCAGGUGGAUGCAGAGAGCAGACCUCUCCCCAUGGGACCCCCACCCACUCCUCAUUUCAACGUACUGGCUGACACACCGUCCGGGCUGGCCCCCCUGCAACACAAACCUCUGCAGGUGUCAGCGUCGCAGCAUAUGUUGUUUUUCCCAGAAAAGAGCAGAGAGAAGCCUUCAGACAGCCAGAACUUUGGUCUGCGCACAGACAUCUAUGCCAGGAAACACCCAAAGACUAAAGGAGCGAGUGCAGGAAGGGAAUGGACAGAGCAAGAGACACUUUUGUUAUUAGAGGCCUUAGAGGUUUACAGAGAUGACUGGAACAAAGUUUCAGAGCACGUGGGCUCCAGAACGCAGGACGAAUGUAUCCUCCACUUCCUUCGUCUGCCAAUAGAAGACCCUUACUUGGAAGAUUCCUCGGCUUCCCUCGGCCCACUGGCGUACCAGCCCGUGCCUUUCAGCCAAUCAGAGAACCCCGUAAUGAGCACUGUGGCCUUCCUGGCAUCUGUGGUGGAUCCACGGGUGGCAUCAGCGGCAGCUAAGGCUGCACUGGAGGAGUUUUCCAAAGUGCAGGAGGAGUCCAUCGAUAAAGUCUUUGAAAUUUCCAACCAACCUGAAAAGACAGAAUCAGUGGAUGCAGAAAAAAUGGAAACAAACUCUUCUUCAAAUCAGGCCCCGGCUAGGGCAGAUGGACUAAAAGUGGAAGCCAGUGGGGCAAAAAUGGAGGCAGUACUAGUCAAAAGAGAAAAUGCUGAAAAUAUACUUGCAGAGGAGAGAGACGCGAGGGGAGAUGACGACGACAGCGUAGGGCGGCGAGAGGGAGAAGGGGAUGAGGGGAGGAGAGUGAUGGAGCUGGACCUGGUGGAGGGCAGCGUUGCCACUGCAGCAGCAUCGGCUCUGGCCUCUGCUGCUACAAAGGCUAAGCACUUAGCGGCAGUCGAAGAGAGAAAGAUCAAGUCCCUGGUGGCUCUGCUGGUGGAAACACAGAUGAAGAAGCUGGAGAUCAAGCUGAGGCACUUUGAGGAGCUGGAGACCAUAAUGGACCGUGAGAAAGAGGCUCUGGAGCAGCAGCGGCAGCAGCUACUGUCUGAGAGGCAGACGUUCCACACUGAGCAGCUGAAGCAGGCAGAGAUGAAAGUGCGCCAGCAGAGGGAGCAGCAGGUGCAGCCAGGAUUCACAAUGCAGCAAUCAGGCCAGCCCAUGCCCAACCGGAUGAUGCCCAUUGGAGGGAAUGCCCAGCCGAUGGCCCCUCGACACCCUGGAGCUCCCAAUGGCAUGUACCCGUCCUCACAGCCUGAUGGGAUAGCACCAACUCAGCCCGGUCCUCCAGCGGCAAGCCACACUUGAUCUGACCACAAGACCGGACAGAUGCACCAAUCCACCUUCAUCAAGGACACACGUGAAAAUGUAACACUGGUGUAGUGUUCAGGAACAGUAAAAAUUGAAGUCUGUAACUCUCCAGUAGUCACUUUUUUUUUUUUUUUUUUAGACUGAACGUUACACAAGCACAUAAAACACAGCUGAUGUGUAUUUGGUCAAACGGCUCAGUCCGUCUUAUAUCUGUGAAAUGUUUGUGUUCUGUUGAGAAAUCUGCAGAUUGAGCUCAGCUCAUUAAAGUUGUUUUUAUAUGA